AGCCCUCUCCCUCUCUCAGUCAGCCCGAAUCAUGCAAGCAUCCGAUGAACCCGAAGGCCCCCAUACACAGAGGCAUUUCCCCUCGAACGAUCUCAGUAGAGGCGGCUCUUUCAAUGCCAAUCGUCUGGUGAUGUCAGAGCAAACAUAUUAUUGCUAAGCUCGACAACAGCUGGUAUUAAAAUAACCUUGACAAUCGUCCCCCCGUCGUCCCUUCGUUCAGCAAGCUCGUUGCGGACUGUCAACUUUGUCAUGGACAGUUGCCCUCUCGAAGCAUUCAGCUGUCCUCCUAAGUCGCCUGGAAUGUUCCCGAAGAUUAUCCCUUUCCAAAUGCGAACACUGCCGUCGACGCGCAAUGCAAUGCACGUCACGAUCCUGCGUCGUUGACUCUUUCUCGUCAAUCUGCCGUCUCGAUGAGGGGCCAGCAAGAUGUCAUUGUCUAUUUUAAUCUUGCAACUACGACAACGACUACGGCUGCUCAAUGGAGUUUAAAUCGUAAACUCGGUAUAAAAGCAAGACGAAAGCUCGUUCAUCCUCAGCUCAAUCUUCCACUACUUCUCUACUGCAGUAAUACCCAGGCUAGUCCUGUUCCACGCUUCACUACUAUCUUUUCUGCGAUCUACAUCGGCCAGCCGCCCAAGUAUCCUCCAUCCUCUUUCAAAUAAUCACCAUGCUGUCUCGCGCUCUUCUUGUUUUCGUCGCUCUCCUUCACACCUGCACGUUGAACGUGUCAGCGCACGGAACGAUUACCAAGAUCCAAGGCGCGAAUGGCGUGGCAGGCGCAGGCUUCGGCAUCCUCGCUUCGACUCCCCGGAAUGGCGCGACGCCCAAUCCUUUUGAGCAGGAUACCAGCGUCAUUCGCAACCAGGAAAUCAGCAGUGGCAAGACCGGUCCCUGUGGUCGCACCAAAGCGGGAGGUAACAACGACGUCACCGCUCAGCUCGCAGCUGCUGCUUCCUCUGGCAUGCCCUCAGCAGCAGCUGAUGGAUCUGUCACCAUGACACUGCACCAGGUCAACCAGGACGGCGCUGGACCUUACAGCUGCGACGUCUCCGGCGACGGGGGAAACACUUUCCAGAAAGCCCAAGUCACCACCCAGGUCCCUGGUUUCCUCGGCUUGUCUGCGGCAUCGGCCCAAGACUUCCCGCUCGUCGCUCAGAUGCCAGCUGGCAUGGCCUGCACUGGAGGGCCCAAUGGCGAUGCUUGCAUCAUGCGAUGCCGCAACCAGGCAUUGGCAGGUCCCUUCGGAUCGUGUGUUGCAGUGACCGGUGCUUCAAGUAACGCUGCUGCCGUUCCUGCUGGCGGCGCUGCUGCGGCCGCUGCUCCUGCUGCUGGCGCUGCGACCCCCAAACGAUACGUCGACUCUCGCAUCGUUGGAAAGCGUGCUGGAGGAUACUGGCUGGACGCGCAGUAGAUCGUCCCUCUUUUUCUCCUCAAGUAUACCCUGGAUCAUCACCGGAUCCAGUCUUUUGAACUUGUUACGCCCUAGUGUCUGUACUGUACAUCUUUGACCCGGAGCUCAGAAUGUCAUCCAGCCCCAUAUACGUCA